AUGUCGGAUCUAGUUUACAAUAAUCAAAGUACAGAAAAAAAUGUUAUUGAAGAUAUUCCUUUUGAUAAUCAGUUAGCUAGUAAUCGUAUUAAAAUUAUAAGAGAAUAUUUAAGUAAAUAUGAAAAAGAGAUUUCUAAAGAUUUAACAGAAACUGAUAAACUAAUAAAUGAAGGAACUGAAAUGGAAAUACCUAAAGAAGAAUUAGAAAUUUUAAAGAAUAAUAAAGAAAAAAUUAAAGAAGCUGUUAAUAAACUUCAAAAUGAGGAAAAAAUUAUGAGUACAAAAAUAACUGAUACAAAGGAGAAUGAAAAAAUUAUUGAUGAAUGGAAAAAUAAAAGAGAUAUUUUGGUGGCGUUUAUAAAUGAAAAUAACAAACAAUUAAAUAUCAUUAAAGACAACUCAACAUCCAAUGAUACUGUUCAAUCUUACUUAUCUGAAAUAAAUAAUAUUGAAAUUGACAAAGCCAGUAAGAAACCAUUGUAUGAAGAUACUAAAAAAACAUUAUCACUUCUUAAAAGAACUGUCUCAAUACCAGAAAUAAGUGCUUUAAAAAAUGAACAACAACAAUUAGAUGAUAUGUGGUUAGAUUUGAGUGAAAAUUUACAAAAUACGAAAAACUUUUGUAUUGAUACUUCAAAUUUUUUCAAUGACUCUGAAGCAUUAAAAAAAUGGUUAGGAGAUAAAAAUCAACUUCUCAAUACAAUUGGAAGAUUAUCUGCUGAUAGUAAUUACAUAGAACAUCAAAUAGCUUUACUAGAAAGAUUAAAAGAGGAAUGUGAUGAUCGUAAAAAAAGUUUUAAUGAAUUAAAUGAUUUGGCAUCACAUUUACUUCAAAAUUCAUCAAACGACAAAUAUAUUGAUAUUAUAACAACAAAGAAAAAUGACAUUAAUGAACAAUGGAAUUUAUUGCAACUAAAAUUAAAUCAAAUAAAAGAUAAUUUAAUAAAUUGUAAUAAACUUUGUCAAGAUUUUAAAAAUAUUCAAACUAAUAUUAAAGAUCAAUUACUUGAUACAGAAAAACAAAUUGAUUGUGUUACUUUUUCUUUAAUAGAAAAUCCUACCGAUUUAGAAGAAAUAUUUUAUCAAGUAGAUGAUAUUUGUAUCCAAGGUGCUAAUAUUGUUGAACCAUUAAUUACUGAUUCUGAAAAUUUAUUACAACAAUUAACUAAAAUGAGUAAUGAUCAAGAUAUAUGGAAAGUUUUAAAUGAUGAUUUAAAUAGUAGUAAAGAUAGAGUUGAUAAAUUAAUAGAAAAAGUUCAAAAUAUUAAGAAUCUCUCAAAUAUUAGUAAAAAUGCUACACUUUUAAAUGAAAAGAUAAAUGAAAUGUUAAAAAAUCCUAUUAUAAAUCAACCAAUUAGUAAUGAUAUUAUUAGUUUAAAGAAUCAACAAAAAGAAUUGUCUAAUUUUAGAAAUAAUGAAUUAAAAGGUAUUAAUGAUGAAAUGUCUAAAGUUACGGAAUCUUGUAAAGGAAUGCUAAAACUUCCUGACAAAACAUUACCAUGUGAUAAUUUAGAAAAACUUAUUGAAAAUAUUCAAAAUUCAUGGCAAAAAUUAAAUCAACAAAUUGAAAAUAAAGAUAGAGAGAUAUCUGCAAAAAUUCAAAGUAUUGGAAAUUAUGAUGAUGCUUUUAGAUCAUUGUGUAAUUGGUUAGAAGAGACAGAAGAAUUAAUUAUGAAUCAAUAUAAACCAUCUGCUGAUACAAAAGUUUUACGUGCCGAGUUACAGAACCAUAAUUUCCAAAUGAAAAUGAUUGAAGAUAAACAACAAAAUAUUGAAGGAUUUUUAAAAUUAAUAAAUAAACUAGUUGAUGAGACAACUGAUGAAAAUGAAAAAGAAGAACUACAUGAAAAAGCUGAUAUGAUAGAUUCAAGAUAUAGAGAUCUCGUUGAUAGUUGUAAUAGUAGGAGAGUUGCUCUCCAAGAUGCUUUAAUGUAUUCUAUCAAUUGGACAUCUAAAACUAAUGAACUUAAACAAUGGUUAGAUAUUGUAAACAAAGAUUUAGAAAUUAUUGGAAAAAUUGCCACAGAACCUGAAAAAUUUGAAGAACAAUUAGAAGCACAAAAAGCAUUAAAAGAGGAAAUUGAUUCUAAACGACCUGAUUUUGAAUUUCUUGUUAAAAUUUUUAAUCCAUUUGCUGAUAUAGUAGCUGAAGAUGAUGCAAUUGAAUUAGAAAAUACAUUACAUAAUCUUAGUGAAAGAUAUGAUGAUAUUGGUAUACGUUGUAUGAAUUGUGGUAAAUCACUUGAAGAAAUGAAAGAAAAUAUUAAUAGUUUUCUUGCUGAUACUAAAGAUUUAUCAUCAUGGCUUGAUCAUAUAGAAAAAGAGCUUGAAAAAUUUGAUGAGAUGCCUGUUUCUACUGAUGAAUUAAUAGUACAAAGUGAAAAAUUAAGUGAAUUAGUUGGAGCAAUAACAGAAAGAGAAAAUUUAGUAUCUAGAGUUGUUGAAGAUAGUAGAGAACUUUGUAUGCAUACAAGUGGUCCUGAAGCAAUGCAAUUACAAUAUAGAAUUGAUGCUUUACAUCAAAGAUAUUCAAAAAUUGCUUUAAUUACUGAUAAAAAAAUUGAUACAAUGAGUACAGCUAUACCAUUAUCUGAAGAUUAUUGUAUAAUGUAUGAUGAAUUAGCUGGAUGUUUAGAGAAAAUUGAAAGAGAAUUAGAACAAUCUGAGUAUGAUACAAUUCCUAAUCAACAACAAUUGCUUCAAGAAUUAUCUAAAGAAUUAUUUGAUCAUAGAAAUCAAUUGGAAAUUCUUAAUACUAAAGUUGUUCAAUUACAAGGAUUAAGUAGUGAGGUAAAAGCUGAAGAAUUAAGAAAACAAACAAGAGAACUUCAAGAACAUUUUAUGGAACUUAAUGAUAUUGUUAAUAGGAAGAAUGAAAGAUUAAGUAUUGUUUCAAGUAGAAAUAGAGAAGUAUUUGAUGAAAUGGAUAAUUUAUUAGAUUGGUUUACUCAAGCACACCAACACAUUUUAGAUUCUAAACCACCAACAGUAGAUAUUGAUAAUUUGAAAGCUCAAUUAAAAGAUCAAAAAAUAUUUAAUGAUGAUAUAAUAUCACAAAAAACAUUCUUACGUGAAAUUGUUGGUGAAGUCUCAAAAUUUGUUAAAGGUAUUGACGAUCCUGUUUCUAUUAAUAGUAAUGAAGAUUUAAAUAAUAAAAUAAAUAAAGUUAAAUAUUUAGCUGAUGAGACAUCUAAACUUUCUGAAGCAAGACUUGAAAAUUUAGAAGAAGCUUAUGAAUUAUGUUUAGUUAUGGAAGAAAAUUUUAAUGAUUUAAAUGAUUGGCUUGAUAAUAUGGAAGAUGAAUUAGCAGCAACAGAUGUUAACAUUUUAUCACUUAAACCUGAACAAUUAAUUAAAUUAAAACAACAAAAUUCAAAUCUUUUUGCUGCUAUACAAACACAAAAACCAAUGUUUGAAAAAUUUGAUAAAAAUGUAAAUGCAUUUGUAACAAUGACUAGUCCUGAGGAUGCAGCAAAUUUACAAUUAUUUGCUGAUGAAGUUUUUAAAAGAUAUGAAGAUAUAGCUAAUAUUGUUUUAAAAAGAGAACAAGAAUUAAAUAAUAAUCUUGAAGAUUCUACAUUAAUUGAAGAUCGCCUCAACUUAAUGAUUGAUAAUUUUGAAAAUAUAUCUGAAAGAAUUAAAAAUUUCGAUGGUAUUAAAGCAAAACCAGAAGGUAUUAAAAAACAAAUAUCUGAAAAUGAAACAAUUAUUAAAUUAAUUAAAUCAAAAGAAAUACCUUAUUUACGUUUACAAGAAGAUGCCACAGAAUUAAUUAAAAAAUCUUCAACAACUGAUAUACUAAAUAAUGAGAUUAUCAAAAAAGUUGACUAUCUUAAUUUGUUAUGGAAUGAUAUUAUUCUUUUUGGUGAUAAACGUGAUAGUACUUUAAAUAAUGCUUUAAAUGCAUCAAAAGAUUUUUGGGAUUCUUAUUCUUCUUGUCAAGAUUCUAUUAAGAAUUUAAAUAAUAGUAUAACUGAAAUUCACCUAGAUAUGUCUUCUGAUCCCAGUGAAAUUGAAAAUAAUCGUAUAAAACUUUCUACAAUUAUUGAUGAAUACAUGUCAUUUGCUCCAUUAAUUGAAAAUUUAAAAUUUAUUGGAUUAAAUUUAUCAUCUUAUUUAGAAUCAGAUGAAAGAGGCCUCGUAGAACAUGCCAUUUCUUAUGUUGAAGCUGAAAAUUCAGCUAUUGGUGGUUUGUUAAAUAACCUUACCAAUGACUUUGGUCAAGCAAUUGAUAAAUCAACUAAUUAUCAUACAUUAUUUAAAAAAGUUAUGGAAUUUAUAACUAAUAUGGAAGAUGUUGUCUAUAAUUUACCUCCUAUAACUGCUGCUACAAUUGAAGAUAUACAGAAUGAGUUAGCUAAUAUAUCUAAUUUACGAGGUCAAAUUGAUGAAAAUCUUUUACUAAAGGAACAAUUAAACUCUUCAGCACAGGAUCUCUUUCUUACAGCACAACCAAGUCAAAUUGUUGCUAUCAAAUCACCAUUAAAUGAAUUAAAUAAUAGAUGGAAUAAAAUUUUCAGUACUAUUAGUGAUAGAUUCCAUAAAUUAGAAAAAUCUCUCCUUGAAACAGGACAAUUUUCUCAGGCAUAUGAUCAAAUAAUGUUUUGGAUUGUCAAAACAGCUGGUAGCGUUGAUCAGAUAACUGUAACUGAUGGAGACUUGAGAUCAAUAGAAAUUAAUUUAAGUAAAAUUAAUGUUAUUAAGAAUGAUGUUAUGGCACAUGAACAGUCAGUAAUUGAUAUAAAAAGAGCAGGAAAAUCUCUUAUUAGUAUUGAUCCAUCUUCUGAAAAUUCUAUCAAAGGAAAGUUGGAAGAACUAAAUAAUAGAUGGAUUGAUCUUAAUGAUACAAUUGAUGCUCUUAUUAGUUCACUUGAAAGUGCUAAGAAUGAUGCUAGUACAUUAGAUCAAGAACUAGAUGGAUGGUUGAUGUGGCUUGAUGAUAUUGAAAGUGAUUUAGGAUUAAAUAAACCUAUAGGAGGUCUUCCUGAAACAGCUAGAACCCAACUUGAUGACUUUUUGGUUCUCAAUGCUCAAGUCGAACAAAGAAAAGAUGAAUUAAAUAAACUUUUAGAAGGUAAAACAAAUGAUAAUUCUAAUAAUUCAUGGAGUCAACAACAACAUGGUAAAAUUCAAAAAAAAUGGGAUAGUUUAAGAAAAAAGAUGAGCGAUAAGCAUGAAAAAUUAAAGAAUGCUCUUGAAGAUGCUGAAAAAUUCCAAAAAGAAAUUGAUGAAGUAGCUGAAUUUAUUGGUGUUGGAGAAAAUUAUUUAUCCAUGUUACCACCAAUUUCAUCAAUUCCAGAAACCAUACAAGAACAACUUCAAAGUCAUGGUGAAUUUAAUUCCAAAUUUCAAACUAAUAAAAAGAAACUUGGAGAAUUGUCGACUAAAGGCUCUAAACUACAAUUUAUUUGUGAAAAGAAAGAUUCAAUACCAAUUAAAAAUAAAUUAACAACAAUGAGACAUCAAUUUGAUAAACUAAAUAAUAAAUCGCUUGAAAGAAUGAAAAGUCUUGAAAACACCUUAACAAAUUCAACAAAUUAUGUUGAAGAACACAAAGAUAUUAUCAACUGGAUAAAGGAUAAUAGUGUUAGAAUGAAAGAAGAUCCUAUUAUUUCAACAACAGGAGAUCGUAUAAGAGAUCAAAUUGAUAAUGAAAAUGCAUUCAAAAAUGUUCUUCUCGAAAAAACCCCACUAAUUAAUAACUUAUUAAAGAAAGGUAAAUCUCUUGAAGAUUUUGCCCCAAAAAAUGAAAAAGGAAUAAUUUCUAAGAUGAAUAACAGUUUAACACGUGAUUGGGAUGCUCUGAAUGAUGCUUCAAACCACCGUAUACAACUUCUUCAUGAUGCUCUACUUCAAAAUGGUAAAUUUGAGGAGGCUCUUGCUGAUGUAUCUAAUUGGCUUCACGAACAAUUACCUCAUUUAGAGGAAGAUUUAGAAAUGAAGAAAUUAUAUGGAGAUGUUGAUAAUGUUAAUUACCUAAUAAAGAAACAUAAUAAGCUGAAAGAAGAUAUCAAUGACCAUUCAUCUGCUGUUAUCAAAGUGCAAAAACGUUAUCAUGAUAUUAUGAACAAAGAACCGGAUGCUAUAACUGAUGAUGUUAAAAAUGAAAUUGAUAAUAUGGUUCAAAAUUGGGAAAAAAUUAACUCUUUAGUUGAAGAAAAGAGUAUUAUUUUAGAAGAUGCUUUAAUUAAAGCUAAUGAUUUAGAUGAUAAAAUAAAUGAUUUAUUAAAAUGGAUAGGAAAAACUGAUAAUAAUUUAAAGAAAAAUAGUACAUUAAAACCUUCACAACCUGAAGAAGAUUUCUUAAGAGAACAAAUUGAUAGUCUUGAAUAUACUCUUGAAGAAAUUGAUUCUAAAGAACCUGAUUUUGAAGAUUUAUUAAAUGUUGGAGAAGAAAUUUUGCAAAAAGUUCAUCCAAGUGCUGAAGUACCAGUUAAAGAUAGUAUAAAUAUGAUUACACGUAGAUGGAAUGCUUUAAAAAAUAUAAUUAAAGAAAAAAGAGAUGUUAUGAAGGAUAGUUUAAAAUCGUUUAAAGACAAUGAAAAAUUAUUGGAUGAAUUAACAGUUUUUGUUGAAAAUAAACAACAUGAAUUAGAUGAUGUUUUGGAUAUUAGUAAUGUAAAUCAAUUAGAAGAGUUGGCAGAAAGAUUUAAUCAACAUGACAAAUUUAAGGAACAAUUAUCUGAAAAACAAGAACCUAUUGAAAUGGCUAUAAAAGGAUAUAAGAAAGCUUUAAUUGCUGCAAAUAUCCUUCAUCAAAAUGAACCAAUAGAUCAAAUAAAUAAUUCUAAAACUGAUAAGAAAGUUAAAUUAGGUCUUUUACCAACAACUCAUUCUCCUAGAUAUUUCAAAGGUGACAAGUUAAAUAAUAGCUGGAAAAAUUUAUGGAUGAAUUCUAUGACUUAUGAACAAGCUUUACAAGAACGUAAAGAUUAUCUAGAAGAAUUGAAACGCCUUGAAAACUUUGAUUUUGAUGAAUGGAAAGAAAGAUACAAUGAGUGGAAUGACCAUGGUAAAGGUCGAGUGACAGACUUAUUUAGAAGAAUAGAUAAAAAUGGAACAGGAAAAGUUCCAAGAAAUAUUUUUAUAGAAGCUAUUCUUGCUUCAAAAUUUACCACAACACCUCUUGAAAUGGAGAAAGUUGCUGAUGUCUUUGAUAAAGGUGACGGUUUCAUUGAUGCUAGAGAAUUUAUUAAACUUUUAAGAAUUGAUCCCAGAAAAUCUAAACCUAAAACAGAUGAAGAAAGAAUUGAUGAAGAAAUUACAAGACAAGCUAAAAGAUGUACUUGUGCUCAAAGAUUUCCAAUUACACAUCUUGGUGCUAGUAAAGGUGCUGUUUCAUAUGGUUUUGGACAAAAUACUACAAUGAAAAGAAUGGUUAGAAUUCUCCAAUCAACAGUUAUGGUUAGAGUUGGCGGUGGAUGGGAAGAAAUUGAUUCUUUCUUAGUUAAACAUGAUCCAUGUAGAGCUAAAGGUAGAACAAAUGUUGAUUUAUUUUAUUCUGGUGUUCAACCUGGUACCAAUAGUGAUCAAAUUAGAGAAUUUACUCAUAAAUCUCCAAAAACAUCAACAGUAACACCAGCAAGAAAAAAUUCAGGAAUUGAAAAUUUCAAAUCUCCUAAACAAGUUUUAGGUUAUCCAACACAAGGUCCCAUAACAAAGAUAAGAGAGAAGACUGAAAAGAGUAUUCCUAUGUUUGCUACACCUAAAAGGCCUUCAAUAUCACUUGAAAGGAAGGCACAUGUUAAUCUUCUUCAACAUUGUACUUCUGAUAGCCGAAUACCACGUCCAACUACUUCUCUUAAUUCAAGUAGUAGAUCUACAUCCCGAUCUGACUUAAAUUUCUUAACAGAUAGUAGACCACCAAGUCGUUGUUCUGACAUUUCAGACUUUAGUGACAGGCCCCCAUCAAGAAUACCGUCAUUAAGAAAAAACAAAAAAAUGACAUCACAACAUGGAUCUAACGUAUAA